GUGUAAGUUAAAUGUGUGUGUGUGUGUGUGUCUAAGUGUGUGAGUGUAAGUUAAGUGUGUGUGAUGAUGGCGGAGCGUGUGGAGAGCCCCCAGGUGCUGCUGGAGAUGCUGGACAUGCUGUGCACUCUGCAGGGGUGUGUGUCGUACGCAGACGUGUGUGUGUGUCUGAGCGGGCGCUUCGCCCUGCCGGCGCUGUGUGAGCUGCGUUCGCUGCUCUACUCCACGGCCUGCCGUGACCCCUGCUUCCCCGCCACGCUCUUCCGCGGCCGCCUCCACCCCGCCGCCACCUCCAGCCUGUCGGCCGCCGCAGACGUCGUCUCCCUCUUCAACCUCAUCACCAUCACACGCCCCCCCUUCUACACCCUCCCCCUGCCCUCCGACAGCCAAUCUCUGGCCUUCACGCCCAGCUCAUUUGGUUAUGCAGGCUCUGAUUGGCCGGCCGGUGUGACCGCCGCGACAGAAGGCGGGGCCGCGUUGACAGAGAGUAAAUAUGAGGCAGGGUCUGAGGCAGGGUCUGAGGCAGCGGUCAGUCCGAGCGCACGCGCACACACACACACAUUCCCACACACACUCGCGUCGAGCAUGCAGGAUGUGCAGAGCGACUCUCUGCAAGCAAGCUCGAUGGUGAUGGAGCCCGCCGUGACCAAUGAGAGCGCAGGGUUGGACCGCGUCACGGCGAAGAGGAAAGUCUUUAAAGCGGACUUCCAUAACGUGCCGCCCCUGGACGCCGCCGACAGCAGCCAUCAGCAGGGCUCCCGGGAGAGUGUGGACGAACCAGUGAGAGUGAGGGGGAGAGACAUCCUCUUCCUCUCCCUGAAGAACCCCUACCCCGAUCCCAACGCACGCACGCCCUCCCCACACACACACACACACACGCACUCACACACACACGUGUACUCGGAGGUGCGCAGGGUGAAACACGAGAGUGUGGACGGUGUGGAUGGCUCCUCCUACUUUGGGCAUUCCGCCCGUGAUUGGCCACCCGCAGGACAGACACUCCCCCUCAAGAGCCACAGUCUGGAGGACAGCACCAGAGAACGUUCUCCCGGAGAACCGGAGCUGAGGGAUUACGAGGUUGUUGAUGCGGGGAUAGGACAAGCAGGAACUGCCCACGGACAUUCUGGACCAAUAGGAUCUAGUUUGGGUGGUUCUGGUCCAAUCGGAUCUGUCCAAGGAGAUUCUGGAUUAACUGGAUCUGGUCUAAGUGUUUCCACACCGACCGAAUCCGGCGUCGGAGGUUCUGCACCAAUCGGAUAUAGGCUAGGUGGGUCUGGACCAAUCGGAAUGCAGACCUCUGGUUUUGAGGAGGUCCGGGCCGCUCUCAAGCGCCUCAGUGGACGGAGCCUGGACAUAGUCUCUCAGGAUUGGUCGCCCGAGGCGGACGGAGUGUCGAGCGUUGCCACGCAGACGGACGUGGCGUCUCGGCUGCGCAGCCUCAAGCAGCUCUCCAUCGACAACCCCGACAUCGCCGAGGACGACAUCAGCGCCAUAUUCCGUUUCCUUGACGACAUCAGCAUGUGCGGCUCAGUGGGGGCCCUGGUGCCAGAGGGGGGAGGGGCCGAGGCCAACGGGGGGGGCCCGAGCUCCCCGGACAGGCGGGGGCGGCUCGUGAAGCUGAAGAGGCUUUUUCAUUCGCUGGAGGCGCCGGAGGAGGCGGGGUUUGGGGCGGGGUUAGGGGCGGGGCUGGGGCGGCUCCUGCUGCGCGUGUCGGAGGUGGAGAAGCGUCUGGAGCCCCUGAGUGACCUCACGGACGUGCUCACACACAUCCUGGCCGCGCUGCAGCGUCUGGAGGUGCAGACCAACACGCUCACCUGCUCACACUCGCACAAACACACCCUCAUGGAGGUGCAGCCAAUCAAGAGCAACCCCGCGCUCACGGAGGGAUGCAGUACCGGCACGGCGACCGCCAUGGCAACCGCCAUGGCAACCACCACCGCGGCGAAGCGAAAAGGCAUGGUCACGCGCCGGGACAUGACAGAGAGCAACAGCAGCUGGAGCGUGAGCUACAGCAAGGAGCAGCACACACACACCACACAGAAUGAUGAGCAGGCCUCUUCUAUGGCUGUGUCUGAGAGCUGCUUUGCGGACUCUGGAGGCCAUGUUAGAAAAGGACUGGGCAAUCGUGUAGGUCUCUGUAGGAUAUAG